AUGCCACUCGUGCAAUGCCUACGAUCCCUCCGUAGCUUUCUUCCGAAAUCUACUUCUGGGCUCCAACACCAUCGUCUCCCGCCACAAUCGCAGCAGAGACGCAGCUAUGCAACAGCUCAGAGGAGGAGUCGCGAGGUGAACGACAAAGUCUCUGGCCCUGGGGCUGGUGGGCUCUUCGCAAACUACGAGGCACUGAGACAAAAGUUUGGCGACGAAGUUACCGAGCCAGAGCUCCGGCCCAACACGAGACAAGCGCUGAGGGUACGAACGCACUCGAGCAAUGGCGAACGGCCCGAGAAGAAGUUCACACCUAGAGCUGUAUCGGAUGACUCAUCUAACGAUGGCCUCCGCCCGAGGGACGAAUUCCGGCAACAGCUGGGGCUGAAACGGAAGGGAGCAAGUAAGCCCUCGGCAAGACAGCACGAUGGUUCCCUGGGAAGGGACAAAUGGCGGCGACGGCGAGACGCAAUACGGAAGGAGGCGAACCAGCAGGCGGCGAAAGAGCAGGAGGUUAUGUUUAGGACGGUCAAGCUUGAAGUGAAAGAGGACGCGAGGCCGACCAGAAAGGACCGUCCUCGGCCAUCUUCCCUCCGAUCUUCUGGAGAUCGACAGGAGGAACCCAAUACUCUGAGCUGGCAGGAGCGGAUGCGCGAGAUAGCUGAGAAUGCCCACCAUCUCUCCCGCACCAGGAGAGUGGAAGAUGGCAUUGCCGCACGACAGCUUGACCUGGACUAUCGAGGCAUCGUUAUCGAUGCGCCCAUAAGACCGUCGGUUCACCCUUCACCGCUGCCCUGGGCUGUUGAAGCUCAGAGUCGCGCAGAACUGGAUGGAAACGCUCUCCUAGACUUGGAGAUUGCCAAGUUCGCGCAAUACAUCGACCUUUCGCCAACGGAAGCAGUAGCGCGUCAAUCGGCCAUCGAUGAAGUACUCAGCAUUACGUCCGGCUACAUGAACCGCUCCGCCGAGCAACACCAAGUACAUGCUGACCACAAAGUGCAUGCUGAAGUUCAAGGGUCGCAAAAAACUGGCUUGGCGACUCCUACUUCCGACAUCGACUUCAGAGUGUCCUGGGCGGUUCCAAGAGCAACCAGCAGCCCUACGGGUUCCCUUGUUCCUAGGAUGGAGGGUCUGUCUAGACACUUGAAGUGGACGAGACUGUUCCGCGCUGUCGAAUACCGAGCCGCGCAUUACCCGAUAAUCACGGCCACACACAAACCCAGCGACAUCGACAUCCAGAUUGUCGGAGCACCGGACACAGCACCGCAGCAAGCGAUCACAGCUCAGUAUCUGGCUGAGAUUCCGAAUUUGAAGUCGCUGUACCUUUUACUCAGGACUGCGUUAGGAAUCCGAGGUCUCGUCGAUGUCUACAGCGGUGGCACAGGCGCCUACGGCUUGUUCAUGAUGCUCGUCGCCGCCCUGCAGCGCAAGAGCAGCAGCCCGCCCGCCACAGCUGGCGAGCAGCUCAUGCGCUUUCUCGACUUUUACACUGAACUUGACACAACGAAGUUUGGCGUGUCAGUCUCCCCACCGAAGCUCUUCAUGAAACACGAUGGAUCAGAGCUUGCGAUCAAAGACCAGAUCGACGCCGCUCGACGCCGCGGAGACCACGUCAGGGCAGGCCAGUGGGCCAUUGGGCAAAGGCGGGCGUACCAACCUUAUCUGCUCUGCCUACAGGAUUCCGCCAACCCUGUUAAUGAUCUUGGACGCAAGACGAAUGCUAUCAAGCAUAUCCGGCGCACGCUUGAGGUCAUGCGCGCGACGCUGAAACAGGACGUCAAGGACAUUGACGCUGCGCGAGCGAAGAACGAGGCUUGGUCGGAGCCAUCGAUCCUUGAACCCAUGCUGGGCCGGUGCAACGAUGUGCUCGUCAAUCGCCGCAAGCAGAUGGAGAAAUACGGAGCCAAGGUGAUGCUGGAAAGGGAACGUCAGGGUUUGCAAGCCGAGCAGGAACAGGUUGAGGAAGCUGAGCGAAGCUGA